CUAACUUUUCAAUCGCAGAAAUUGCUUCGAAUCUUAUUCCCCGAAUAAAUAUGCGGAAUAUCUUCCCACCUAUCCAUAAUAAACCUGAAGAACUCAUUCCUACUUUUAGCACAAAUACAACACGUAAACCAAGAAGGUCGAUGAAUAGCUUUCUUAUUUUUAGAAAAAAUAUUCACGAGGAGAUAAAAAGGAUUGGAGUUGGGUGUAAUAUGCGUGUUAUUAGUCGUAUUGCUGGAGUUUUAUGGCGUAACGCCUCCUUAGAUGAGAAGCAAUUUUACGAAGAUUUGUCACAACUUUGUAAUGAUAUUCACAAUCAGCGUUAUAACUCUACCAUUAAACAUCAAGCAGAAAUUCGCAAAAGACCAUUAGCAUGCAAAUACAAUCCCUAUGAAGUAAUCACCGUUUCUUCUCAAAUGAUGCGGGAACCCGAACCUGUGAUUGAUCUAUGUCCGAGACCGAACUCUCUUCAAUUAUUUGACCAAAAUCCGGUUAAUUUGUUUAAUCUUACAGAAGAAAAUCUUAGUCAUUCAUAUUUUACAUUUAGAGGAGAUCCACAAUAA